AUGCCUUUUCUAUCAUUUUUAUUACUUUUUCCACUUGUAGGAGCUUUAAUUAUUGCUUGUAUACCAAGCUGGAAAGUUCGUGCCAUCAAAAUAAUUGCUUUGUGUAUAAGUCUUAUUAAUUUUGUUGUAGCGAGUGGACUAUGGAUUGUAUUUGAUAAUUCUACAGCUAAAUUUCAGUUUGUCGAACAUAUUGGAUGGUUACCAUUUUUUAAUAUGAAUGCGUAUAUAGGGAUAGAUGGUAUUUCACUUUUCUUUAUUGUGUUAACCACAUUUCUCGUUCCAGUUUGUUUGCUUGUAGGGUGGGUGAAUAUUUCAAAACAUGUCAAAGAAUAUUGUCUUGCAUUUCUUAUUCUAGAAACUUGUAUGCUUGCUGUUUUCUGUAUGUUAGAUUUACUCCUUUUCUACGUAUUUUUUGAGAGUGUUCUUUUACCAAUGUUUUUGAUUAUUGGUGUUUGGGGUUCACGUGCUCGAAAAAUCCGUGCAGCCUAUCAGUUUUUCCUCUAUACACUUGUAGGUUCUGUACUUAUGCUUUUAGCUAUUCUUUUAAUUUAUUUUCAAGUGGGGACAACUGAUUUACAGGUAUUACUUGUCUCUGAAUUUAGUGAGCGUCGUCAACUCUUGUUAUGGCUUGCUUUCUUUGCUUCGUUUGCUGUAAAAGUACCUAUGGUACCAUUACAUAUUUGGCUUCCUGAAGCGCAUGUUGAAGCUCCAACUGCAGGUUCUGUAAUCCUUGCUGGAAUUCUUUUAAAACUUGGAACAUAUGGUUUUCUCCGUUUUUCAAUUCCAUUAUUUCCUGAAGCUUCUCUCUAUUUUACACCAUUAAUCUACACAAUGAGCAUUAUUGGUAUUGUAUAUGCUUCAUUAACUACUUUACGUCAAAUUGAUUUAAAAAAAAUUAUUGCGUAUUCGUCUGUAGCUCAUAUGGGAUUUGUAACCAUUGGAUUAUUUAGUUUAAAUGUUCAAGGUGUAGAGGGUGCAAUACUUCUCAUGUUAAGUCAUGGAUUUGUUGCUUCUGCUUUAUUUUUAUGUGUUGGUACUUUAUAUGAUCGAACACAUACACGUUUAAUUCAAUACUAUGGUGGUUUAGUACAUAUUAUGCCUUUAUUCUCGUUCUUUUUUCUUGUUUUCACGAUGGGGAACUUAAGUUUACCUGGGACAAGUAGUUUUGUUGGUGAAUUCCUUAUUCUGGUUGGUACCUUCCAAACAAAUACAUGGAUUGCAACACUUGCAGCAACUGGAAUGAUUCUUGGAGGUGCUUACUCUAUUUGGCUAUAUAACCGUGUGGUUUUUGGAAACCUUAAACCAUUAUACAUAUCAAUGGGUUCUGAUGUAAAUCGAAGAGAAUUCUGGAUUUUUGUACCCUUUGUACUGGCUAUUUUAUGGAUGGGUUUUUAUCCACAAGUAUUUUUAGACCCUAUGCACGUUUCAGUUUCAAAUGUUAUCCAACAUGGUGCAUACAUUUCAUAA